UUUAACUUUGAGUCAUAUUCAACUAAAUAAGAAAAGAACCGGGCUCAGUUAUAGCUUGAACUGUUAUUACCUCUAGUAUUUCCACUGAAGCUCAGAAAUUGGUGAUUUUCCCUUGUGAAUUUUUUUUUUGGAAUUUAUAUUAAAAUAAAGAAAGAGAGAUGUCUCAUCGUAAAUUUGAGCGUCCUAGGUCAGGAUCUCUUGGAUUUCUACCUCGCAAGAGAUGUUCAAGAAAUCGUGGAAAGGUUAAGGCAUUCCCAAAGGAUGAUCACACUCAGCCACCACAUUUGACAGCAUUUAUGGGAUAUAAAGCAGGGAUGACUCAUAUUGUCCGUGAUGUUGAUAAACCUGGUUCAAAAUUAAAUAAGAAGGAGGUUGUAGAAGCUGUUACUAUAAUAGAGACACCACCAAUGAUUUGUGUUGGUUUUGUUGGAUAUAUUGAAACUCCAAGAGGUCUGAAGGCUUUGACAACUGUAUUUGCAGGUUACUUAAGUGAAGAAUGUAAACGUCGCUUCUAUAGAAAUUAUUAUAAAAGCAAACGUAAGGCAUUUACGAAAUAUGCAAAGAAUUAUGUUGAAAAUCAAAGGAUGGAAGUUGAAAUUGCUCGUUGUAAACAAUAUUGUACAGUAAUUCGUGCUUUAUGUCAUACACAAGUUAGUAAGACUGGUCUUAAUAAGAAAAAAGCAGAUUUAAUGGAAAUACAAGUGAAUGGUGGUACAGUUACUGAGAAGGUAGAUUUCUGUGUACGAUGCUUUGAGCAACAAAUCCCCAUUUCAUCAAUAUUUAGUGAAAAUGAGAUGAUUGAUGUAAUAGGUAUUUCCAAAGGUAAAGGAUAUAAAGGUGUCAUUUCUCGUUGGGGAGUUACUAAGUUGCCAAGAAAGACACGUCGUGGUGUUCGUAAAGUAUCCUGUAUUGGAGCAUGGCAUCCUGCUCGUGUUCAAUUCCAGGUUCCAAGAGCUGGUCAGAAAGGUUAUGGUCAGAGGACGGAAAUGAACAAGAAGAUUUAUCGAAUAGGACAUGGAGAUGAUCCAAGGAAUGCAUCUACAUAUGCAGAUUUAACAGAGAAGACUAUUACACCAAUGGGUGGUUUCCCACGUUAUGGUGUUGUUACUCAAGACUUUGUGAUGCUUAAAGGGUGUACAGUUGGUUGUAAAAAGAGGCUAUUAACUUUGCGUAAAGCCCUUGUACCACCAGUUUCUCGUUCAGCACUUGAGACUAUUAAUUUGAAGUUUAUUGAUACAUCCUCUAAAUUUGGACAUGGUAGAUUCCAGACUUCAGCUGAAAAGGCUAAAUACUAUGGACCAGUUAAGAGAACUAUUGAAAUUUCAGCUUAAAUUGGUAAUUUUAACAUUUUGUUAAAUUAAGGAUAUUUAUGUGUUGGUUUUAAUAAAAUGAAUCAAAUUUUGUCUACUAGAUAAAUUCUUAGUUGGUAAUUUCUUAGUUUAAGAAAGUCCAAUUUUUAGCUUUAUUAGAUUGUAUUCUGAGAGAUAAGGAAUUUAAGUUUAAAUUUA